AUGAAUAGUUUAGUUAAAGAAAGAGAUCAAUCAGAAAUUAUGAUCUUAAACAACUUAGAAGUUCAAUCUUAAAUCAAAUCAUCAAUCUUCUAGUCUAAAUUGCAACAAUCUAUCUAAAACAUUAGGUAAUUGUCAAAGCCCAUCGCAAUGCAUAUCGAACCUCAGAUAUUGCCUCUUCGUAAGCUUAAUUAGGAAACACCUAUCAAAAAGUCUGAGCAUUAAAAAUCGAGUUCUUAUAAGCACACCACUUUGACUAAGGGCACUUAGGUAGAAAAUCAAGCUGAUAGUACUCAAAAAUUAGUUCAAAAUUAAUUUGACUUUAGUUAUUCUUACAGAAAGUAGGAUAGUUAGAUGAGGAAAUCGACUGAUUACCAGAGAAUCUUUGAACAUUAUCAUCAUUCGACGAUAGUAUAAAUGAUAAGUUCAUAUGAAGAGUGCUUCAACAUUUUGGUAGAAAGCAACGAAGCUUAAUUGUUGAGGAUACCUACCAAUUUGAUUUUGGCGAUUUUACGAGAAAGGGAGGAGUUGCAACAUCAAUGUGUUAUGCUGAGAAGGAAACUCUAUUAGUUAGACCGAGCAAGUGAAUAAUAUGAGAGAGUACAACAAUAGCACGCAUGAUUGAUAUUAAUUUAUAAUAUUAACACAAUGUAAUUCAACUUU